AAUCGUAGUCAAAUCAAAACCACUCAAACUCAAACACUUCUUUCGUCAACCAAACCCUAACAGAGCGUCCAAUGGCCGCCUCGUUCUCGAUUUCCAGACUCAUCCUCUCCUCUCCAACCCAAAUAUCCACCACCGCCGCCACCGCCAAAUCUUUCCUCUCAUCUCUCCCCCUCAAACCCAACCGCCUACCCAAGCCCCUGAGAACCACCACCAGAAAAUUCUCCACUAUCUCCGCCACCAUUUCUGUCGGGGACAAACUCCCAGAAGCCACCCUCUCCUACUUUGACUCCGAAGGAGAGCUCCAAACCACCACAAUCUCCUCCCUAACAUCCGGGAAAAAAUCAAUCCUUUUCGCUGUCCCGGGCGCCUUCACCCCAACAUGCUCCCAGAAACACCUUCCAGGUUUCGUGGAGAAAUCGGCAGAGCUAAAGUCAAAAGGGGUAGACACAAUCGCGUGUAUAUCAGUGAACGACGCGUUUGUGAUGAAAGCAUGGAAGGAGGAUUUGGGGAUAAAAGAUGAUGGAGUGCUGCUUUUGUCUGAUGGGAAUGGGGAUUUUACAAAGGCAAUAGGGUGUGAGUUGGAUUUGAGUGACAAGCCAGUUGGGCUAGGAGUGAGGUCAAGGAGGUAUGCGUUGUUGGCUGAAGAUGGGGUUGUCAAGGUUCUUAAUUUGGAGGAAGGUGGAGCUUUUACUUCCAGUGGAGCUGAGGAUAUGCUCAAGGCUCUCUGAAUCUUCUUUUGCUUUCGGGUUCCUCUCUUGUCAAUAAAUAAUAAAAACUUGAAUCCCUGUGCUGUGUUGUGCUCUGUUUUGAUGUGGAGAAUCCUCUGUUUCCAUAUUUGAAAUGUGAUGGGAUCAAGUGCAUCUUCUACUUCUGAUCAGCUUUUAAGUGCAUCUUUUCAUAAGAUUGGAACUCAACUGUUGGAAUGCAAACAUUUUUUAAUUACACACCAUGCCAUUUGGAGGAA